UCUAACAGAGAGCCUUUGUGAAAGAAUUCAACAGAUAUUCUGAAGUUUAGGUUGUAACAUUAUAAAUGACACCACAGCAGUACUGAAUUCUUCUCUCUAAGGAGACAUCUAUUGAACAUUUAUGGAAGGAGUCUCCAGUGUCAGCUCUUUGUCACAGUCAGUAAGCUUUCUGCCACAGGAGAGUCUUCAGGACAGAGAUCUCUGCACUUUCUGGUUUCGCAGGAAUAUCAAGGGGGAGAAAUAAAAUAGAGGCUGCUACAGUGCAAAUUACGUCAAGCGAGAGAGAAAGCCUUUGUCCCCGAGGCACAGGUGUCAUUCUUUUGUGUCAUUACACGAGUCACAUCUCACUUGCUCAGGAGGAAGCAUUUGGCUUCAGUAACUUCUCAGAAGCAAUGGAGGGCUUUAAUUCGUAUUAUACAACUCAUCUGAGUGAGGACACACCAGCGGCUUUCAGAGACCUGUUGCAACCAUCUCAUUCCAUCGAAGAUAUCCAUGAAACCAGCAGGGAUGAUCGAGGGGCAGGUCCAGUUUCUGCUGUGGAGGAUGAAGCAACUUUUCCGGAUACAAACACAGAGAUGUUGAGGCCAACUCCAUCCAUACUAGAUGACAGAGAAGAACAGCUGGAAGAAGACAAAGACAGUGAUAAUGCCAGUGUGAUGGAGCAAGGUGAUAGAAUAGAGCAGAUGAACCUGGAGUCAAAAGAUCCAACUUUGAGUAAGCCCAUUCGCUUGUUCUUAGAUGAAAGUUUACCGGACCUGCUCAGGAGUGGGAGUCCACUCCGGAGACGAGUAUCAAGCCCAGUGUCAGACACGUUAAAGCAGAUGCGCCGGGAGGUGGAACUGUCUCGGCGUAGGAGCAUAAAACUGAAGGCUCAAGUGGAUAAACUUCAGGAGCAGAGUCAGGAUGGGCUUGUCUGGAGUCAACACAGAGAACGGGUGACCGAGGAGAUUCAGUCCAUUGUAAAGCUCCUGAUCCCUCUGACUGAUUCAGAGCCAACAGCAGAUCCUUCUUCCACGAACAACUCACUGGAUACGGCACUGACUCAGCUGAAGAAUGUUGCACGCACACUCGCUCUCAACCACACAUCUCAGGGAAAAGCUAAAGAAGGGACGACAGAUGAGGUUGCUGUAUUACAACAAGCUCUACGGGACCGAGAUGAUGCUCUUGCAAAGAAAAAAGCCAUGGAGUCUGAGCUGCUGAAAUGCAAGACAGAACUGAUGUCACUGAACAAUCAGCUCCUGGAGGCAGUGCAACGGCGGCUGGAGAUGGCUAUCGAGCUGGAGGCCUGGAAGGAUGAUGUACAGACCAUCAUUCACCACCAGCUCCUGAGUCAGCAGCAGGCAGAACAGGCCCAGAAGAAGUCCAGAGGUUUCGGUGUACUGCGGCGCUCCAAGCAGCCCAGUCCAGUCCAGUCUCCAGUCGUGAGCCAAGCAUCCUCUCCUGCCUCGACGUCCCCCAGUACACCUGUGGCCCAGCGCUGGAAAGACCGACUGAGACGAGGACGCUCCAGUCGGCCUGCCUCCGCUGUCUACGACCAGUCGGCCAGCCCAAGCCCAUUUGACUCUCCAGUCAGCAGCAAGGAAGACAGUUUUCAAACAGUCUCGCUUGACUGAGCUUUCCUUUUCAUCUGUAUUAUAGGCUACACAACUGUCAAAAAAACUGAAGGGGUCAACUGAUGCUGAUUUCUGAGAUUCUGUUGUUUUAGGAGUGUGAGAUGUAUCUACACAUUAUUUUGUGUUUUACUUUGAACUGGUGUGAUUCCCAAAAAAAUGACACUGGACAGGCACAAAUGCUUCUGUUGUAAAUUAUGUUGUAAUUAUGUAAUUAUUUUAAUGAUUUACAGAAUAAAAUGGAUUUUAUCGACUUA